AUGGGUCUCAUCACUGAUCACUCCGGUGAAUUUGUGCUGCAACGGAGCUUUGCCAGAGAUAUGGACUACUUGAUCUACCAGAGAUGCUGGUUAGUAUUCAAAAAAGCUUCAAGCAAGGGUCCAAAGAGGCUGGAGAAGUUCUCAGAUGAACGGGCUGCUUACUUUAGGUGCUAUCACAAGGUGACAGAGCUCAAUAAUGUGAAGAAUGUAUUACGGACUCCAAAAAGCACCAAGAAACAUGCUGUUGGGAUUUAUUUUAAUGAUGACACAUCAAAAACCUUUGCUUGUGAGUCAGAACUUGAGGCAGAUGAGUGGUGCAAGGUGCUGCAGAUGGAGUGUCUUGGAACGCGAAUUAAUGACAUUAGCCUUGGAGAGCCUGACUUGUUAGCAUCUGGAGUAGAGAGGGAGCAAAGUGAGAGAUUCAAUGUGUAUUUGAUGCCAUCCCCUAAUUUAGAUGUGCAUGGGGAAUGUACCUUGCAGAUAACUUUUGAGAAUAUCUGUCUUUGGGACAUCCAGAAUCCCAGAGUAAAACUCAUCUCUUGGCCAUUAAGUGCCCUCCGACGCUAUGGGCGGGACCCCUCUUGGUUCACCUUUGAAGCAGGGAGGAUGUGUGACACAGGAGAAGGACUAUUCAUCUUUCAGACCAGAGAUGGGGAAGCAAUCUAUCAGAAGGUUCACUCAGCUGCUUUGGCCAUAGCAGAACAACACGAGCGCUUGUUGCAGAGUGUGAAAAAUUCGAUGCUGCUUGAGUUAAAGCUCCCCUCAGGGGAAGCAGCACUAGCCCAGGACCAGGGGAGCAGCAAGCUGCAGAUGAAGAUGAGCGAGCGAGCCGUGUCCCUCAGCGCCAUGGUGCCCCUGCCCCGCAGCGCCUACUGGCAGCACAUCACCCGGCAGCACAGCACUGGCCAGCUUUUUGGGCUGCAAGAUGUUUCCAGCCCUGUGAAGCUUCAUCGCACGGACACUUUCCCAGCCUACAGGUCAGACCAUCGAUAA